UCUUAAAACAAACAAACAUGAACAUUAAGUUGCAUGUUACUAUUCUGAAGUUAUUUUAUUAUUAAUAAACAAUCCUGAACAAAUUGCAAAGAGCGGUUUACACGGGCUCUUCAAUUAUGCAGUAAUCUUGCACUCUAUCUUUGCAAGCUGCAUUGCUUCCGGAGCCGUUUGUUCAUGCAACAUUGACGCCACACUUAUUGCAAGGGAAAUGUUUCGUUGCAGAGUCUCAAAUCACGUAGUGAAGAAAAAUGUCAGGUAUCAUAACCUUGAUAUUAAGUUUUCGUUUCUUUUCCAUUAAUUAUCGUUCAUCUGGGUUUAAAUGCGGAAAAUUGAUGUUUGACGAGAAAUUAUCAUGCCGACUCGCAUCACAUAUUUUUUCAUGUUACUUUUAACAUUUUAACUCAAUUUCCUCUGUCAUACUUUUCUGCUCUGAAACAUGUUUUUAUCGUUUUGUUUAUGUCUUUUCCUGCAGGGGAAAAAAAAGGUAGUUGAGACAAAAUACCUUUAAAAAUGAUGAUGAAUUCCUUAUCUGUGACAUGAGUUAGAAAAAGAAAAAGAAGAAAAGGGGAAAACAGAGAAAGAAAAAUAAACGAAAGAAAGCAAUAAGAAAAAAUAUAUAUAUACAAAAUGGAAACAGGAACCUAAAAGAGUGAAAAAUGUGAUCAUGUGAUUGUCAAAAUGAACGAAUAAAAACAAACAAACAAUAAACUAAGCACUGGAAAGCGAAAAAAAGUGAAGAAAAAGAAAGAAAGAAACAGAGAAGACCAGGAGAAGAGAGAUUUCCCACCAUAACCUCACACCUCACCCGCUUACGCCCACGCCCUCACUAUAAGUGUGGUAGCGCGUCACGUGGGCGGGUGGCAGCAGCGUGGGCGGGAGCGGGUUGCCAUGGUGGGCGUGUAUGAGGUCGGCAAGUGGGGAUGGAGUGGGCGGACGGGCGGCAGCGAGAGGAACCACAAGAAAGUCAACAUCCACGUGAUCUCUGAUGGCAUCACCCGGCUGCCCAUCCUGGAAGGGGAAAUAUCGCACAUUGAGAUCCCCCGCGCCCAUAACCCGCUGGGAAUCACCAUCGUGGGCGGCGCGGACACUCCUCUGCGCUGCGUGGUGGUCCAGGAGGUGUUCCCCGACGGCCUCGUGGCUCAAGAUGGCCGCCUGCAACCUGGGGACCAAAUCAUCGAAGUGGACGGCGUGGACAUGACGUCAGCCACUCACCAGGCUGUCUGUCAGUCACUCAGACGCCCUCAGGCUGUGCUCAGACUGGGCGUCUACCGGGAGAGGAUCGAGGCUUACCGGACCGCGUCGCCCCAGUCCUCGACCGGGGCGCUGCAUCAGGGUGAGAUGGUGGCCGUGACGCUGCGCAAGGAGAGCAGCCGGCAGCUGGGCCUGAAGCUGGGCGGCCGCCGCACGGAGCCGGGCAUCUUCGUGAUGGAGGUCCUGGACGGGUCCGUGGCCGCGCAGGACGGCCGCCUGCAUCCGCACGACCGCAUCCUGGCCAUCAACGGCGUCGACGUCCGCUACGCGCGCCUCGACCACGCCUCGCGCCUCAUCCAGCAGAGCGCCGCGCACGUUGGCCUCGUCGUCAGCCGCGGCGCCGUCGCCUUCGUGUCCGCGUGCGACGUGCCCUCGCCCGAGUGCCCGCGCCCGCCGUCGGCCGCGUGGCGCUCGCCCUCCGCCACGCCCGACGCCGAUUGCCGCGCCUCGCUCGACCGCGCCAGCGCCAGCGACAGCGGCUGCGGCGCCAUGGAGUACGGCCGCUCGCCGUCGUGCGACUCGCUCAGCGACCACAGCCUCGUGUCGUCCAUGAUGUCGUCGCCGGGUGCGCGCCUGCCGUCGGAGGGCGGCGGCGGGGGCGGCUCCCCCCCGCGCGGCGGCUCCCCCGCCACCUCCUCGCCCGGAUACUGCACCUCCGACACCGACGACAUCGAGCCGCACCCCAGCCACCCGCCCAUGCCGCCCGCGCCGCACCCGCACGCCCUCCCGCCGCACCUCCCGCACCAGCCCCUCCCCCCGCACCACCUCCAGCAGCAGCCCCCCCCGCACCAGCACCGGCCGCACCCGCAGCCCCCGCCCGAGGCCCCCCACUACCCCCACCCAGCCAGCCCCCACGACCGCCUCGCGCCCCCCGAGGAGCACCUGCACGCGCCCGCCCACGCGCAGGAGGCGGCGCCCGCGACCCCCCGCGCCGCCCGCCCGCCCGACGACGCCGCCAACAUUAUGGCCGGCCUCAAGCGCGCCAUGCACCCGCAGAACCAGCAGCUGCAGCAGAAGAACGUCUCCAUAAAGAAGGCGACCAAUGAGAGCCUGGGCAUGCGCAUCGGAGGGGGCGUGUCCAGCAACGAGGGAGACACGCCCAUCUACAUCGCCAACAUCAACCCCCAGGGACCCGUGGGCAGAUGUAGGACCAUUAAGAAGGGCGACGUGUUGCUGUCGGUGAACGGGCAGUCGCUGCUAGGGCUGACCCACGGGCAGGCCGUGGCGCUCCUGAAGGCCACGGCGGAGCUGGCGGGCGUGACCCUGUCGCUGCUGGAGGGCCCCGAGACGUCCCUGGGCACCGCCAACUUCGUGCCGUCGUGGCUGUACUGGCAGAAGCUGCCCCGCUCGCUGCACAUCUCCAAGAGCGUGGUGCUGCACCGCGCGCCGGGCGCCUCGCUGGGCUUCAGCAUCGUGGGCGGCUCCGACCCGCAGCGGGGGCCGGAGCCCAUCCACGUGCUGUUCGUGGUGCAGUCGUCGCCGGCGGCGGUGGACGGCAAGCUGCGCUGCGGCGACCGCCUGCUCUCGGUGGACGGCCACACGCUCGAGAUGGUGCGCCACUCGGCCGCCGUCAGCCUCCUCAAGCAGGCGGGCCAGAGGGUCCACCUCGAGGUCGUGUCGUGGCUCGGCACGGAGCUCUGACCUCGCUCGGGGGCCGGGCUCCUCGCGGGCUUCCUUCUCUUCCAAAGCCUCGGCCGCCGGAAGCCGAGCGACGGCGGGGCGGCGAGCGACGCGUCGGGGCCCGCCACGGCGCGGGGGGGGACGCGCGCAGA